CGUGACGUUUUGUUGCUGGCCGUCGUACGAAAUUUCUAGGGCUUCUGCUCGCGAGAGAGAGAGAGAGAGAAGAGAGGGGCUUCUCCACUUCCGGAAUGGCGGACGACGACUAUGACGAUGUCGACAUGGGUUAUGAAGAUGAACCACCAGAACCCGAAAUUGAGGAAGGAGUUGAGGAGGAUCAGGAAAACAAUGAAGAUGCUCCAGACGAUGUUGUGGGGCCAGAGGCUGAAGACAAGGAACAAGAAAAAGUUGAACGGCCUAGAAAAACAUCAAAAUACAUGACAAAAUAUGAACGUGCUAGAAUUCUUGGUACACGAGCUCUGCAAAUUAGCAUGAAUGCUCCUGUGAUGGUUGAGCUAGAGGGUGAGACUGAUCCUCUGGAGAUUGCAAUGAAAGAACUUCGCGAGCGUAAGAUACCAUUUACCAUUCGACGGUAUUUGCCAGAUGGAAGCUACGAGGACUGGGGAGUCGACGAAUUAAUAGUGGAGGAUUCAUGGAAGAGGCAAGUUGGUGGGGACUAACAUGACGAUCAUCCGCAGUUGUUUUCGGGGAUUCUACACGAAUUGAACCUCUUUCGGCUACAUGCCUAACUUCUUAAACUGAAUUAGACAGUUUCGCUUGGAAACGUAUCAUCUGAACUACUUGCUUCAAUUGUAAUGUUCGAAAGUGCGACAGUUUAUGUAACUGCUUUCAAAUUGUUAGUUUUACCGUAGAUGUUUGUCUUGCUUCAAACAAUCUCCCAAUACAUUCUCGUUUAUUUUGUUUAA